AUGGCUGUGGAGGGUGGUUUGAAAUGCAUCAAGUACCUUGUUUUCUUGUUUAACUUUAUUUUCUGGUUGUGUGGUGUGGCUCUUAUCGUAGUGGGCGUCCUGGUUCAGGUGUCUCUGCACAGUUCUUUGAUGAUUAAAGAUGCCUCUGCCUCUGGAGCUCCAAUCCUCCUCAUUGCCCUGGGAGUCAUAGUGUUCCUCGUCGCCUUCUUCGGCUGCUGUGGCGCCUGGAAAGAGAACUUCUGCAUGAUGACUAUGUUUGCCACUCUCAUGGCGCUGAUCAUCAUGGCAGAGUUUGCAGCUGCCAUCGCUGGAUACGUUUUCAGAGGCAAAGUCACUAAUGUGGUCCAGGACAGUCUUGCUGACAUGAUUUCAAACUACAACUCGAGCAGCCCUGAGUUCAGAGACACCGUGGACAAACUUCAGCAUGAUUUGAAAUGUUGUGGCGUGAACAGCUCGGCCGACUGGAGAAGCUUCUCUGCUGAAGGGAACACUGUGCCGGACUCCUGCUGCAUCACCGAGACUGAGGGGUGUGGACGUGGAACCUUGAGCGAUAGCUCCAAAGUUUAUCAGACGGGCUGCCAUGAAAAGGUGGAGGACCUUCUGAAGGCCAACAUCCAGUGGAUCAUAGUCGCAGCUCUCAUCAUCGCCUUGUUGCAGAUUUUGGGUGUGGUGUUUGCCUGCCUGUUGAUGAGAGGCAUCCGGAGAGGCUAUGAAGUCAUGUGA